AUGCGAUCAUUAAUCAAUCGAUUAGCCUUUACUAAAAUGCGCCGUUUACCUGAAUUCUUAAUAUUAUCUUUCUUUUUAAUUGCUAUUUUCACCAUUAGCUUGAAAUGGCCAUCAUCAUCACCAUCGAAAUCAAGAAUAACUGAUAAUAAUAAUAAUAAUAAUAAAUAUCCAAAUAUUAAACUGAAUAAUAUAUUUACCAAUCCAUUUUUGCUAAAAGAUAAAUUUUUUUAUCGAGGCAAUGAUAGAAUGAUAGAGAAGGAAAUUAUUCCUGGCCUACCUGAUUUAGACAAAUAUAUACAUCUUGACUUGAAAGGUGCACCACCAAAAGCAAAUAAAUUUUAUGAACCAUUUUUUAAUUUUAUUGAUAAAAUACAAAUGGGUGUGAAAGGUAUUGUAAUUGAAUAUGAAGAUAUGUUACCGUUAAAUGGUAGAUUUGCUAACGCUACCAAUCGACUUGCUUAUAAAAAAUCUGAUAUUGAAUUGAUACAAACAGCAGCUAAAAAUCAUCAACUUAAAGUUAUUCCUUUGAUACAAACAUUUGGUCAUCUUGAAUGGUUACUUAAAUUACAAGAAUUUGAAUUGUAUCGUGAUGAUAUUGCAUUGCCUAUGGCUAUAUCACCAUGUAUUGAUUCAACAUACGUGUUACUUGAAGAUCUGCUACAACAAACUCUUGAUAUGCAUCCCGAUAGUGACACGAUUCAUAUUGGUUGUGAUGAAGUUAUAUUAACAAAUUCUCAUCCGCAAUGCCAACAAGCAUGGGCUGAUGUACCCGAACGAUAUAUUACCCAUGUCAAAAGAGUCGUUGGCAUUGUUCGAAAAAUUCGACCACAAAUACGAAUACUUAUAUGGGAUGAUCUUAUUCGUAGUGAUCAAUUUAUUUACAGUGAAAAAUUGUUAAACCAAUUAAAAGGUCUUGUUGAGCCCGUCGCUUGGCAUUAUCGUACAAAAUUUGAAGACUCUUAUAUAUUUUCACCUGCUUGGGAUAUCUACUCAAGAUUAUUUACUAAUACAUGGACAGCAAGUGCAUUUAAAGGUGGCCUCAAUCGUUAUUCUAUGCAAACAAAUGCAACACAUCAUACAUUAAAUAAUUAUGCAUGGUUAAGCUUGAUGAAUUCAUUUUCAAAUCAAAAAAAUAAAUCGAUUUAUGGUAUUAUAUUAACUGGUUGGUCACGUUUUGAUCAUUUUAUGCCAUUGUGUGAUUUAUUACCAACAGCUUAUGUUUCUCUUAUCAGUAGUUUACAUGUAAUUAAUACAGGCAAAUUUAUUCUAAAUGAUUAUACAAAUGAUUGUUAUGAAUUAAUGAAUUCAAUUGGAAAAGAUUCACGAUUAUGUCAAUCAUUACCAGGUUUUUCCAUUUGGUCAGGUAUUUCAUCGUUAUCAUUAUCGUUAUCACAAAUUGAAGAUCGUUUAACAUUUCUACAUACUGUAGCACCACCGUAUAAUCGAAAACAUUUAUUCGUACGUCGUUAUGAACUUGAUACACGUUUAAAUGAAUUAGAAAUGUUAAAAAAUGAUUUAUUAUCAAUUAUACAAUUAUUAAAUAAUAAUUUAAGUGAUCUUUAUUCAUUAGAUGUUAUCGAUGAAUGGUUUGACCUCUAUUUAUCGCCUAUAUUAGGACGCAUUAAUACCACUCUGAUUGAGUUUUCACCUGUACGUAAUCAAAAAACAUGGCCACGACGUCCGUUGAUCUAG